GAGGCGGCCUGCAGGGAGCAGCCGCGAGCCGGCUGGGCGCGCCGAGCCCGAGCCCCUGCCAGAGCGGGGCGGGGGAGGGAGGAGCCAAGAGCGGCCGCCGCCUCUGCCGGAGGAGCCGCGGGGCCGCCACACUCGCCCCCCGCCCCCCCGCGCUCACUCGCACUCACACCCGGGCGCAGGAGGCGGGCGGCCCGGGCCCCACCGGCCCCCCAUGGACGCCCCCGGCACGGGGCGCUGAAACCCCCGCGUCGCUGCCCAGCCCGGUCCAGCGCGCCACGCCGAGGGACCUCUGGACAGGACAAGAUUCAGAAGUUACUCUUCCCACCCAGGACCCCUUUACAGACCCAGCUUGCUCCCCGACCCAGCCCUACCACCUGCCAUUCCCUGGCCCCUUUCACCGCCCGCCCCCCUUGGGGCUCAGGGCAUGGUGUGAAAGGCCAAGUGCUGAGGCGGGCACCAUGGGUGCUGUGCCCUAGGGCCUGGGUGGCAGGGGGUGGGUGGCCUGUGGGUGUGCCGGGGGGGCCAGUGUGCCCACCCCAGUCUCUCGGCGUGCUGGAGGGCAUCCUGGAUGGAAUUGAAGUGAAUGGAACAGAAGCCAAGCAAGGUGGAGUGUGGGUCAGACCCAGAGGAGAGCAGUACCAGGUCACCAGAUGGAAAGCGAAAAAGAAAGAACGGCCAAUGUUCCCUGAAAACCAGCAUGUCAGGGUAUAUCCCUAGUUACCUGGACAAAGACGAGCAGUGUGUCGUAUGUGGGGACAAGGCAACCGGUUAUCACUAUCGCUGCAUCACUUGCGAGGGCUGCAAGGGCUUCUUUCGCCGCACAAUCCAGAAGAACCUCCAUCCCACCUACUCGUGCAAAUAUGACAGCUGCUGUGUCAUUGACAAGAUCACCCGCAAUCAAUGCCAGCUGUGCCGUUUCAAGAAGUGCAUCGCUGUGGGCAUGGCCAUGGACUUGGUUCUAGAUGAUUCGAAGCGGGUGGCCAAGCGCAAACUGAUUGAGCAGAACCGAGAGCGGCGCCGGAAGGAGGAGAUGAUCCGAUCACUGCAGCAGCGACCAGAGCCCACUCCUGAAGAGUGGGACCUGAUCCAUGUUGCCACGGAGGCCCAUCGCAGCACCAACGCCCAGGGCAGCCAUUGGAAGCAGAGGCGGAAAUUCCUGCCGGACGACAUCGGCCAGUCACCCAUCGUCUCCAUGCCAGACGGAGACAAGGUGGACCUUGAGGCCUUCAGCGAGUUUACCAAGAUCAUCACCCCGGCCAUCACCCGCGUGGUGGACUUUGCCAAAAAACUGCCCAUGUUCUCCGAGCUGCCUUGCGAAGACCAGAUCAUCCUCCUGAAGGGGUGCUGCAUGGAGAUCAUGUCCCUGCGGGCAGCUGUCCGCUAUGACCCCGAGAGCGACACCCUGACGCUGAGCGGGGAGAUGGCCGUCAAGCGGGAGCAGCUCAAGAAUGGCGGCCUGGGUGUCGUCUCUGACGCCAUCUUUGAACUGGGCAAGUCACUCUCUGCCUUUAACCUGGAUGACACGGAAGUGGCUCUGCUGCAGGCUGUGCUGCUAAUGUCAACAGACCGCUCGGGCCUGCUGUGUGUGGACAAGAUUGAGAAGAGUCAGGAGGCGUACCUGCUGGCGUUCGAGCACUACGUCAACCACCGCAAACACAACAUUCCGCACUUCUGGCCCAAGCUGCUGAUGAAGGUGACUGACCUCCGCAUGAUCGGGGCCUGCCACGCCAGCCGCUUCCUCCACAUGAAAGUCGAGUGCCCCACCGAACUCUUCCCCCCACUCUUCCUCGAGGUCUUUGAGGAUCAGGAAGUCUAAAGCCUCAGGCGGCCAGAGGGUGUGCGGAGCUGGUGGGGAGGAGCCGGGAGAGAAGGGGCAGAGCUGGGGGCUGAGGGAGACCCCCACACCUCUUCUCUCCUCCCUCUCAUCCUUGGAUAGAUUCAGCUCCCCACACACACCCCCACACUGCCCUGUCCCUCCUCAGAACCUCCAGCCCUGGGACAGGGCAAACAAAUGAACUUGCUAUGAAAAGGACAGUGUGGGAGGCGGGCGGGGGGACCGUGUCCUGCAGUUCCCAGGACCAUGUCCUCUGAGAAGGUAGGAGAAGGGAGGGAGAACUAAGAGCGGACAAGCCAUCUUGACCGUAGGGGAUAGAGGAAUGUGGGGUGGGGGCAAAGGCCCUCACUCACCCCCUACACACACACACACACACACACACACACACACACACGAGAGAGCCCCCUCGCCCAGUCUCUUGGCCUAGGUCCCCCCUCCAGGCUGAGGGCCUCUCUGCUUCCCCAGAUGCCUGGUGCAAAGAAAGGCUUGGCUUGGCUCCUCCCCUGGAGGUUAAAAAUUACAGUCAUUCUAACUGCACUUUGGAAACCAGGCAAGGGGAGAAGAUAAAUGAAGAAAUACUAGACAGAGGAAAAAAGAGCGAGCGACUGAUAGAGAGAUGAUAUUAAGUUAUUAACUGAGGCUGGCCAGAGGGGAGGACCCCCCCUCCCACCCCCGAGCACUUUGAGAGCUGCCCCCCUCCCCCCAAAUCAGAGAGAACUGCCCCCCCCCACAUCAGGUCCCCAAGGGUAGGGCUGCCAUCAGAGCUGUGAGCUAAUACAGCAGGGUCCUGGCCACGCCCCCUUGCCUUGCCCCUCCCUCUGUGCCCUUUGGCACCCCCCGCCCCAGUACUCCCUCUGCUCUCUGCCACUCGUGCCCGCUGAGUUCCAUCUACCUCUCACUCUGGAUGCCAGCUGGCCCCUCACCAGCCUGCCCUGCUGCCCGCACAGCUCCCCUUUCAAGUGCCCAGCCCCGGGGGCCUCUCCCUGUCACCCCCCUUCCUCUUCUGCAUCUUGGCACCCACACAGGAAAAACUGUGGCUCAAGCUCCCGCCUUCCUCACAUCCUGCAGUAUUAGCUACGAUCCAGAUGCUGCUGCCCCGUGGCGGGGGUUGGGGGGCGGCAUGGGGGGAGGCGAAAGGGGUGUGUUUGAGCUUCUCCCAGAACCUGCACACCCGCGGGCCCCUGUUCCCAUCCGUCUGCUGGGCUCUCUCUAACCCCUGCCUGCCUUCUUUCCUGCUCCCACUAGCACUACCCCAGACUCUGGGUGGGCGGGCCCCAGAAUGGGGUGCUUAGAUCAGUGGCACUUCGUCAAGGCCCUGGGGGAGAGGGUGGUUGGUGCUCCGCCUUUUUCCUUUGAAGCUCUUUAGGCCAGCUGCCCCUGUGCCCCUGGGACCCCUUCCCCCUCUUCUUUUCUCUAAUUCAGGGACUUUGGCUUGAGCCACCUCCCACCCUCCUGGUGAGGAGUGCUCUGUUGGUCUGCACUUGGGUGAGCUGCCCUCCUCCUCCCUUCUUUGCCAGCGCCCACUCCGCAGGGAAGAGAGGGAGGGAGGAGGUAGCCCUCUGAGGGUGGGGGAGGGGAGGGCGGGGAGGGACAGAGCAGACCGGAGGGCCCUGGGCUCAGGGCUGCAUGUCGGCAGGGAUGGAUGGGUGGACAUAGAUGCCCCCGGAAGCCAUGGGGAAUGGGCCAGGGGGCGGGGGGCGGGGGGGCCAGGGCUUCCUGCGCUUUGCACUAUUGGGGCAAAAUGUCUUAAGCAGUGGGGAACCUGCCACCCCACCCUGACCCUCAGCCUGCCACAGCCCCCUAUACACAUGUACACACAUGCGUGGAAACACACACACACACACACACACACACACACACCACACAUGGGAAGCCCAUUGGGGCAUGUCCUUUCCCCACUGUUCAGGUGUUCCGACGGGGGGUGGAGGGCCUGGAAGAGCAAGGCUGCCACCUGUGCGUGUGCCUGCCCCGCCCCCUUGGGCUCUUGGGCUGCCCUUGCGGUCUUUGUCUGUCUCAAUCCCCAUCUCUCUUCUGGGGUACUGAUUCCUGUAUUAUUCCAGUCCCAUGGAUAAGCCCUCUCAUACCCUCCUCCCACCCCUGGGGGCCCAGUGGAAUUCCUGACCUGUCUGCUGUCUCCCCGUCCCUCCAUCCCCACCGCCACGUCUCCAUUCCCAUUCUCAGCCAUGCACAUGGUGGAGAAAAGGCCUCCAAGAGGCUUGGCCUCUUACAGGCACUUGGGAAACCCUCCCUCCCCACCCACCUCUGCCCAGUCAUGUGAGCUGUGAUCCCCCACUCCUCCCCGUAACCCCUGACCCCUCCCCCCACUCUCAGUGGGGUAGGGUGUGUGUGUGUGUGUGUGUGUGUUUCUCUGUGUGAAUGUGUGAGCAAGUACACGUGGUGGGGGAGGAGCUGGGGGACUCAGGAGUGCCACGCACCUGCUCUAGAUGGGCAGCCAGCCGUCCCAGUCCCUGCUUUGGAAGUGGGGGACAGGGCCCUCUUCUGGGGGCCAUUGGUGCUAAUGAGGGGGAUGGCCUUGAUGUGGGUGCUUAGCCUGCCUUCCCCAGUAUUGGCCCGGGGCACUAGGGCAGGCAGAGUGGGGGCAGCAGGUGCAGUAUUGGUGGGAGGAGGGGCUGCUGGGACGAGGAGGAGGGGGCCAGGCCAGGACAAGGGGGUGCCAGAGCCAUGACCACUACCCCGCCCCCACCACCCGCCUCUCCAUCUCAGUAUUCCCCCUCCCAUCACUCAUAACACACAUACCUCAUCCAGCCUCCUCCCUGCUCAGACCUGGGGAGGGUGGGGGUGGAGGAGCCCCUACCCCUUCCCCUGGUGGCGGGUCUACAGGGCUGGGAGAGGGCGGGGCGUGUGACACAGACACCGUCCAGAAGGGGGACAGCAACUCCUGCCCUGGGAGCUCCUGGGUGGGAGGAGGGGGACACUUCCCUGCAGGCGCUACUGAAUGUAUGAGAAGCUGGUGCUGGGGUGGGGGGAGGGGGGCUGUGGCCAGAAACAGGGAAGGCAGUAGGUCCCUUCCCCAGGGAGGGGUUGGGGCCAGUAGGGGUGACCUGGGGGCUCCUACUCCUGCCCCACGUUGACAAUCAGUAUGUCUGUUAUGUGCGAUUUUUCACCCCCGUUGUGUUUUGGGUCAGGAUUUUAAAGAAAGAUAUUUUUAUGGUAAUUGUUGCUCGUCUAUUUUACUAUAUAUUUAUGUAAUAAAUAUAUGAUGAAAAUAA